AUGACUGGAGCUGAGGAGAACGCUGCUGAGAUACAGCUCGACAACAUGCGCACCGCUGUUGAGGGCAGCUCUGGUGCUGACUCUUCUUCCUCCUCUUCAUCUGAACAAAGUCCACGGCAACGGCUGCGCUGUGGGAGCCGGCCUCAGCCUGAGGGUGCGCGAUCAGUUAGCAUCACGGAAACAGACAGAGAUGAUGUCACUAAAGUGGUGGAGUCAUGCAAGAGAUGCCAGGUCACUGUGGCCGAGCUGAAAAGGCAAGCGCUCGUCCUGACAGAACCAACUUCACUGAAGGACCCUGGUUUCGCCACUUUCCUCUUUGACCAGUUGCAGGUGCCAGACUGGUCAAUGCAGGGUGGACAUGAGGGUGCUAGGUGUCAGGUGUGUUCCACUUCUGUGCAGCAAUUAAGGGAACAAGCUCUGCAAGCUCUUCAGGACCAGUGCCCUGGCACAAACUUGCCCUGUUUGCCAGCUCUACCCUCAAGGACCUUUACUGGGCAGUCUACCAGAGUGACCACCCACAGUGUUCUUAAGCUUUCAUCUAGAGCCCCCAUGUCCAGAAUCCCUCACCCAGAGCACAGAAUGCUGCACGUGGCAGAGCAGCAGAGGGGCCUGGGCUGGGCACCAGGUGCCAAGCCAAGUGUCCAGGUCACUGUGGGAAGUGGUACUCUUAGUGGUGCUCUUAGCUCUGUCACCAUUCAGGCUCAGCAGUAUCUGGAGGGCAUGUGGAGCAUCUCGCACGUCAACAAUUUCCUGCCUCAGCCGAAUCCAACACACGGUCCCGUGGGUGAGCCUGAGGAGCCUUCUGUACUCUCAGACACAGCUGCCUCUACCAUCUCCAUCAGCCCAUCCAGACAGAGAAGUCCAGUUCAGCUUGGUCCAACAGUAACCCUGUCCUCCAGCCAGCCCAGCUCAGCUGCAGCCUCCUUCUUCAUUAGGGCUGCGCAGAAGCUGAACCUCUCGUCUAAGCGAAGGAAAGCCCAGCCGACUAUUUUGCAGGCUCCAGAGCCUUCCAUCUACCCCUCCAACUUCAGCAGCAUUCUCCAACUUUUCCCUCCACCCGCUCCACCAUGUCUAUUCAGAGCCAGCUCGAAGGCCAAGGAGAACCCUGGCAUAGGCAAGGUAAAAGUGAUGGUGCGAAUCUGUCCAUCCCUUGGAGUUCAGGAUUCAUCAGAGUCAACAUCCUUUUUGAAGGUGGACCCAAGGAAGAAGCAGCUGACCCUGUAUGAACCUCCCCUUUUGAACCAGCCCAGCUCAGGCCACCGACAUGCGCCACUCGCUGCCCCAAAGAUGUUUGCUUUUGAUGCUGUCUUUACCCAAGAUGCCUCACAAGCUGAAGUAUGCUCAGGAACUGUAGCUGAAAUUAUCCAGUCAGUGGUGAACGGAGCGGACGGAUGUAUCUUCAGCUUUGGCCAUGUUAAGCUUGGCAAGACAUACACCAUGAUUGGCAAAGAUAGCUCUUCCCAGAGCCUUGGCAUCGCUCCAUGUGCCAUCUCCUGGCUUUUUAAGCUCAUCAGCGAGCGCAAGGAGAAGACUGGCACACGCUUCUCUGUGAGAGUUUCGGCUGUGGAGAUCUACGGCAAAGACGAAAGCCUGCAGGACCUGCUCUCAGAUGUCUCCACAGGCAGCCUGCAGGAUGGUCAGUCGCCAGGGGUCUACCUGCGCGAGGACCCUAUCUGUGGCACACAGCUCCAAAAUCACAGUGAGUUGCGAGCACCCACAGCGGAGAAGGCUGCCCUCUUACUUGACGCAGCCCUUGCGGCUCGCAGCACCAACCAUUCUGAUGCAGACGAGGAGGAUCGGCGUAACUCGCAUAUGCUUUUCACCCUACACAUUUAUCAGUAUCGCAUGGAGAAGAGCGGCAAGGGUGGAAUGUCUGGUGGUAGAAGUAGACUACAUCUUAUCGAUCUGGGCAGCUGUGAGAAGGUGCUUAGUAAGAGCAGAGAUGGAGGAGGUGGACUGUGUCUCUCUCUUACUGCCCUAGGCAACGUCAUCCUGGCCUUAGCAAAUGGAGCCAAACACAUACCAUACAGGGACAGCAAACUUACAAUGCUGCUGCGUGAUUCACUCGGGAACAUCAACUGCAGAACAACAAUGAUAGCCCACGUGUCAGACUCACCUGCUUAUUAUGCUGAUUCACUCACCACUAUUCAGCUGGCGUCUAGAAUACACCGCAUGAGAAAGAAGAAGUCCAAGUAUGCGUCCAGUUCCUCUGGAGGUGAAAGUUCCUGUGACGAAGGAAGAAUUCGCCGACCCCCACAUUUAAGACCAUUCCAUCCACGGACUGUGGCCCUGGAUCCAGAUCUGCCCUCACUGCUUAGUGAGCCUGACUACUCCUCAAGCAGUGAGCAGUCAUGUGACACUGUGAUUUACGUUGGCCCUGGUGGCGCUACAAUUUCUGACAGAGAGCUCAGUGAUAACGAGGGUCCUCCAGCCUUUGUUCCUAUUAUCCCAUCCCUCAACAGAAAGCUGCGCAGUAAGGAGGGACCAGCCGAUCGUGAUCAUUUUAAAUGCAACACAUUUGCUGAGCUUCAGGAGCGACUCGAAUGUAUCGAUGGUAGUGAGGAACCAAAUGUUUUUGUUGGGGAAGCUAAAGGAAGUCAAGGAAGCCCUAAGAUGGACGUGAAGCACCAAGAAGAUUCGGUUUCUUCUUUAAUGUCUUCAAAACCUUCCUCCCAACAAGACACUGUAAUACCCAAACAUCCACUUUCUACUCAUAGUAAACUGCCUAGCAGCCCCAAACACAAGUCCAAUGAACAUUCCAAAUGGCAAGGUGUCACCAUGUCAGAUAAAGACAAGCUUGAGACUGCGUGUUGCUCAAGAUUAGAUGGUGAUAAAGACAAUUCAGCUCUGUGCUCCCCAGUAAAGCAAGGACAACCAACACCAUCUCAAAACAUAGAGCCAGUGGUGAGAGAAAAAGUAUUUUACAACAAAAAACUACCCAAUCCUGCCCCUCCACCACCACAACAAGGGAAUAUUGUAAGACCUAAUGGUGAGGCGGAAGACAAGUCUGCCACUAGAGUACCACCUAUUGGAAUGAGCCAUCAAGUAAAAAAUCUGAGUGGCCCAUUUGGUAACUCUCCUGUCUUAAGCAGAGUCCAUCAUGUAAACCCACAUGCUCCUAUAGAGGUGUGCCAACUGAGGUCUACACUUAGGGAAAGGGAUAUCUUAAGGACUACAGUAACCCUUCAGCAGCCAGUGGAGCUGAAUGGGGAGGAUGAACUAGUGUUCACCCUUGUAGAAGAACUAUCUAUUGGAAACAUCGUGAACAAUGGAAGACCCUCCAGUAUCAUAAGUUUUAACAGUGACUGCUCAGUACAGGCCAUUGCUUCAGGAUCUAGACCAGUAAGCAUCAUUAGCAGUAUUAACGAUGAAUUUGAUGCAUAUACAUCCAACAUUGGUGCCUCUGGUGUAACCAUUGAAAUGGUUGCACCCUUUCAGGAGGAAACUUUGGUCUCUUUGGACAGUCGUGGUUCCUCUAUCAGUUCUUGGCUUAGUGAAGUGAGUGUCUGCACCUCAGAGAGUGAGGGGGCCCACAAUGCAGAUGUUUUUCUACCAGAUAGCGCAAACAUUGACCCGGGAAGUACAUUUUACCUUAAUCCUCUUGGCCUGUGCACGAACAGUCCUCAAAGGGAGCCCAGUAACUCUCUAAAUGAUAGUGGCUUUAGUUUCUCUGAAUUGGAUAGUGACAGUGCCACUUCAAGUAAACUAUCCCUUAGUAAAUGCUCAUCCUCCUUAGAGUCCACAAAAGCGUCCAGCAGGAAUCCGUCAAAAAUAGCAAAACCAAAUAACAGUUUAUCCCCAACACAGACAUUACAAGAACGACAUGUUGUAAAUUGUAGUCUUCCCAGAAAAAUAAAACCUACCUCAUCCACAGCACAGGGCAGUAGCUUUAGUGAGAGCAGUAAGAGUAGCAAUUGGAGACGUGAACCACCAAGGCUAGAAGGCAUGUCAGAUGACCCAUGGUAUCGAAAAGAGAAUGCAGCAGAGUCACCCACACUGUCAAAUUCAGGUCUUGCUUCCAAACUAAUAAAAAAUAAAACAAGUGGCAUACCACCCAGAAAAGCGGGCAUGCAUUACAACAGUAUACCUCAUAUACCGCAAACACCGGGAAAUAGCACAUCCCAAAGGGUGGUAGAUGGAUGUGAAAAAUCCAGCAACUGCAAAAAGAUAGAAACACCUAGCAAAAUGCCUCAGCUCAGAAGAGGGGCAACAACACUUGGGAUUGUUCCAGUCAUUCAUACUUCAAUUGAUGUCAAAGUCGGCAUGGACACUGGGUCAUCAGCUGGUAGUUUGAAAUACUCAUCUUUGGAAAAAAAUGGGAAGGGAAGUCGUCAGGAUGGAAGCAUACUCUCAAGUGGUGUUCCCUCACCUCCAAUGCGCAAGUCCAGUCUGGAUCAGAAGAACAGAGUCUUGCUAGCCCCAAGUGCCUUAAAAUCUGCAUGUGAAACAGGAAAGUUUUUGGCACCAAGGCCUACAAAAUCAGAGUCAGAUGAACAUGAAUUCCAUUCCAGAGGAGACACCCACAGUUUAAAAGCAUCUAAUCUGAAGGCGGACCACAGUUUACUGAAAGCAACUUCCAGCCUCAAGGCCAGGGGAGCAAGAGGAGAAAAUGGACAACGAUAUGGAAGCCAGGCAUCCCUGGAAAGAUCUGACAGUUUGACAUCUUUAGGAUCGAAACCUGUUUUAAGUCGAGAAAACAGUGGGGCCAGUCUCAGCGGAAGGUCAACCAAGUCUAAGUUUGGAUCACCUGUUGGCACCUCUUCUCAAAACGCUACCUCUCCGCUUUCCUGUGUUAAUCAGUUCAACAUGGGAAAAACUGGGCAUCUCAAAAGCAGCCUUAAUUCAAGACCAGUGCCUGUAAAUGGGAACAAAGCUCGCACACUAUCUACCAGCAAUUCCAAAGCCCUUAGUUCCUCCACUAAGUCUCUUGCAACAUCUACAACAAGAAACGCCAGUCUUCCACCUUCAGGAAAAAGUGCAUUACCUCGUGCAGCAGUGGGAUGCAAUAGUAAACCUACAAGGGGAACUAUUAUGGGUACUAAGCAAGCUAUGCGUGCAACAAACAGCCGUGUUGGGGAACUGGUAUCUGGUAGUCCCCCAGGUAAACACAUAAGGGGUUCAGGUGACUCUGACAGUGGAAACGACAGUGGGGCGAAUAUCAAUGAUGAUAAGCCUACGCCUAUUCCCAUCCUGCCUUCUCCUUAUAGCAAGAUCACUGCCCCGAGAAGGCCCCAAAGGUACAGCAGUGGACAUGGAAGUGACAACAGCAGUGUUUUAAGUGGAGAGUUACCCCCUGCCAUGGGGCGAACUGCUCUAUUCUACCACAGUGGAGGGAGUAGUGGGUAUGAGAGCAUGAUCAGGGACAGCGAGGCCACUGGAAGUGCCUCUUCAGCUCAUGACUCUAUGAGCGAAAGUGGGAUGUCUAACUCUUUACGGAUAAGAAGCGCAAAACCUCCCAAGAAAAGAUCAAAUGUCGUUCAGCGCCGGCGUCUCAUCCCUGCCCCCUUGCCAGACACCUCAUCUCUAGGAAUGAAGCCUAGUGCUACAGGCCAGUGGGUGGACCUGCCUCCUAUGUCUGGCCCAUUGAAAGAGCCAUUCGAAAUCAAGGUGUACGAGAUUGAUGAUGUGGAACGUUUGCAGCGGCGGAGACCUGAGCUGACAACUGAGCAACCAAUCCAGAAUGCUGACAAGGGACUAGUAUAUUUAAACACAAAGUUGAAGGAGGUAGAGCGAUGGCAGCAGCAGAUCAGAGAACUGCGAGUCAAACACGAGACUCUAAAGGAAGAAUUAGAGGACACGAAAGCCAGACUGAUGAUGGACCCCAGAAAGUGGAUAGGAGAGUUUGAGGUGGAUCAGGACCUGGACCAGGAGUCACAGGAGUACCUUGAAACACUGGAGCAAGUCACAAGUGAACUGGAGUACUGCGUCAAUCUGUGCAAGUCACGUGUUAUGAUGGUGACCUGCUUCGACAUCAGAGUAGUGUCAGAGCUUCAGGAAGGUCUGCGAGAGGUAGAGGUGUGAAAACAGGAUGGAAGGUAAACAAGGAGUGGAAGAGAAAA